UCUAUUCAACUCAACCUCCAUGAUAUAAUUUAGCAUCCUUGCAUGCCCAAAAUUCCAAAUUAGACAACACUUUCUGAACAAGUACUUAAUUCAGCACUUACGCUAGCUCCUCCAUUACCAAUCAUGGUGAAUCACCACUUCCUCCUCGUAAUUUUCCCCGCGCAAGGCCAUAUCAAUCCUGCCCUCCAAUUCGCCAAGCGCCUCAUUCGCUUGGGCGCGCAUGUCACCUUCGCCACCACCGUCGCCGCCCACCGUCGCAUGAACAAAAGCCCUACUCCUGACGGCUUGUCUUUCGCCACCUUCUCUGACGGCUACGACGAUGGUGGUUUCAAGCACGGCGACCACGAUUUCGUGGACUACAUGUCUGAGCUCAAGCGCCGUGGCUCCCAAACUCUCACUGAUCUUGUCGUGUCCAGCGCAAACAAGGGCCGAACCUUUACGUGCUUGGUGUAUUCUAUUCUCCUCCCUUGGGCGUGCGACGUGGCCCGUGAACUUCACCUCCUGUCGGCGCUUCUUUGGAUUCAACCUGCCACCGUUUUGGACAUAUAUUACUACUACUUCAACGGCUAUGGAGAUGUCAUCAGGAACAUCCCCGAUCCUUCAUUUUCGAUAGAAUUACCGGGACUACCGUCGCUCACUAGUCGUGACCUUCCUUCUUUUAUGGCUGAUUUAAAUACGCACACUUUUGCACUUCCACUAUUUCAAGAGCAUUUUGAAGAACUCGGAAAAGAAAGCAACCCCAGAGUACUAGUCAAUACCUUUGAUGCAUUAGAACCCGAGGCGUUGCGAGCGAUCGAGAGGUUUAGUUUUACUGGAAUUGGACCGCUAAUUCCAUCUGCUUUUUUGGACGGAAAAGAUCCAUCCGACACGGCUUUUGGUGGAGAUCUUUUCCAAGGCGCCACGGAUUACAUAGAAUGGCUGAACUCUAAGCCCAGUUCAUCGGUUAUUUACGUGUCGUUUGGAAGCUUAUCGUUGUUAGCAAAAAACCAGAUGGAGGAAAUCGCACGUGGAUUGUUGGAUUACGGCUGUCCUUUCUUGUGGGUCAAAAGAGCUAAUGAAAAUGGAGAAGAGAAGGAAGAAGAUAGAUUGAGUUGCAGGGAGGAAUUGGAACAGAAGGGGAAGUUUGUGCAAUGGUGUUCUCAAGUGGAGGUUCUGUCACACCCUUCAGUGGCAUGCUUUGUGACACAUUGCGGGUGGAAUUCGACUUUGGAGAGUUUGGUUUCUGGGGUGCCAUUGGUGGCGUUUCCACAAUGGACAGAUCAGGGGACAAACGCAAAGCUGGUUCAAGACGUGUGGAAAAUAGGCCUGAGGGUGACAACAAAUAAGGAUGGGAUUGUUGAAGGUGAUGAGAUCAAGAGGUGCUUGGAAUUGGUUCUUGGAAAUGGAGAGAGAGGGGAAGAAAUGAGAAAGAAUGCUAAGAAAUGGAAGGAUUUGGCUAGGGAGGCUGCCAUGGAAGGUGGUACUUCGUACAACAAUCUUAAAGCGUUUGUGGAUGAGUUUGGGGAAGGACCGGAAGGUUGUUAAAAAUGAUGAUGUGGAGAGUCCAAG